UCAUUGCAAAAUGUCUUCAUCAUCGACCUUGCAUCUGUAGCAUCUUAUUUUCUUUUGAUGCGUCAAUAAAUCCUCUGAUAUGGGUCGCGUGCUUUGGAAGAAAAGGCACAACCGCAGAUGACCAGACACUGACACACUAACACAGACACAGACACAGGCCCAGGGCAGUUUUCCGAUAACGCCCUUCGUGCUUCUCUCCAUCCUCGUUCCCGCCCUCCGACUCUCCCCACAAGACACCAGCAGAGCCAUUCUCUCCAGAAAAAUGAACCCACUGACACUACAUACAAGUAUCACGAGCCCUUCCGUCCUCCUCAUGCGUGCCCAAGGAUUUUCUUCAGAACUCGCCAGGGCGUGCAGGACACUCUCGACUUCUUCCUCGUCCUCUUCUUCCAUACCCGGCCCAUCUUCGUCCUCGCGACGUGGCCGUCUUUCCUCUGGUAAGAAAAGCAAAUACCCUUGUACAUGGUGGUCUGCUCAUACCUUGUGACUCAUUCGUAUCUUUGCUUUUGCUCCGCAUGACAUAAAGCAGUUUCAACACGACGACUGUGAGUUCGAACCCAACGCUGAUACCACGGUGCACAGCUUCUCCUUCAUACCUUGGAUACCGAACGUUUCCUCCAUCUCGCCGUACCAUGUCGUCCACACCUAGCCGACGCAGUCUGAACAUAGACAACAUCAACCCUCAUGUGAAGGCGGCACAGUAUGCCGUGCGAGGAGAACUUGCUAUCAAGUCAGAAGAGUACAGACACAAGCUAAGAUACACCGACCCGCCUACUCCUCCCGAGGAACCUCUCCCAUUCGACUCUGUCAUCUCUGCCAACAUCGGGAACCCUCAACAGCUCGAUCAGCAACCCAUUACAUUCUUCAGAGAGGUCCUUGCUCUGGUCGAGCACCCCAAGCUCCUGGAGAAUGAAGAGGCUCUCAAGACACAUUUCGGAUACAAGCAAGAUGCUAUCAACCGUGCCCGGUGGCUGUUGAAGGAGGUUGGUUCGGUCGGUGCAUAUUCGCAGUCCAUGGGUGCUCCUGGUAUAAGACAAUCGGUCGCGAAUUUCAUUGAGCAACGCGAUGGCUUUCCAGCCGAGAAGAACGACAUCUACCUGACCGCUGGUGCCUCUUCCGGAGUACACUCGUUGUUGACGGUCCUCUGUGCCAGUCCCUCCACCGGUGUCAUGAUCCCCAUUCCACAGUAUCCCUUGUACACUGCCACUCUGGCUCUACAUGAUGCCCGUGCUGUCCCAUACUAUCUGGAUGAGCAGCAUGGUUGGGACACGAACAUGGCUGUCAUCAGGGAAUCUUACGAAAAGGCCGUUGCCGAGGGCACAGAUGUUCGUGCCAUCGUGGUCAUCAACCCAGGCAAUCCAACUGGUGCUUCGUUGUCUGAAUGGGAUGUUGAGGAUGUCAUCAAAUUUGCCGCGGAGAAAAAUCUGGUCAUCUUUGCAGAUGAGGUUUACCAAACGAAUGUUUUCAUUGGAAAGUUUCACUCUUUCAAGCGUGCCCUGAGGAUCUUGCAGCAAAAGGAGCCAGGACUUUAUGACCAUGUCGAGCUUGCUUCCUUGAACUCUGUCUCGAAAGGUAUGGUUGGUGAAUGUGGACAUCGUGCUGGUUAUUUCGAGCUUGUUGGUUGGGACCAAGAAGUACAAGCCCAGAUCUACAAGUUGAUCAGUAUCAUGCUUUGCCCUCCAGUCAUUGGACAGUGUCUGCUCGAUUUGGUGGUAAACCCACCAAAGAAGGGUGAUCCCAGCUUCCACCAAUAUCAUGAAGAAUAUCAUGCCAUCAAGCAUGGUUUGCAACAAAGGGCCACCGCCUUGUAUGAUGCCUUUGAGAGGAUGGAGGGCGUCGAAGUUGGUGAACCCCAGGGCUCCAUGUACCUAUUCCCAACGGUCCGGCUUCCUGAAAAGGCCAUUCAAGCAGCGAAAGACGCGGGCAAGAACCCCGACGACUUUUAUUGUUUGCGUUUACUCGACGCUACCGGUAUUUGUGUCGUUCCAGGAUCUGGUUUCGGUCAGAAGCCUGGCACCCUCCACUUCCGGACCACCUUCUUGGCUCCCGGUACGGACUGGAUUACUCGGUGGACAAAGUUUCACCAUGAGUUUAUGGACAAAUAUAGAUAAGCAUACGCCCGUGUGCGAGUUCUUGUGUUGACGUCAAGUUUGACUGCCUUGCAGUGAUCCCAUCGAGUCCGACGCCGAAGAAGAAGAAGGAGUCGGGUUGAAUUGAACUAAACAAAGAUAUCGAUAUAGAACCUCGAGGGUUCUCUCGAUUCAGCUUGAUUUACUGAACAGAAAUGUCUAUAGGACCCAGGGCUUGUGUGAUAUUUCAUGUGGCAAUUCCAGGCAUGGAUUUAAAGGCAAGAUUCGGUAAUCUUGAGAGGCUUGAAGACUCAACAUGGAGAUGACGAGGAAUCUUGAAGUGUGCAAAGGACAGUUGAUAGUGUUUGAGGAAGAUUAUUUCACUCGACCAUGGUCGACGUUGAUAUACAUGCGAGUAUUAUGGCAUCGACCGUUGUUUAUAUUUCUUCCUGCCCUGCCAUAUUUUGCGGCUAUAUGGGAACAAAAAGCAGAUUGUAUCAAUUUUAUAUCUCUCAUUUUG